AUGCACUUGUUGGUUCCUUCUACCGAGAAACUUUCACAGCUGAAAAUGAAGUCUGUUGUUGCCCUGUUUGCCACCGUUCUGGCCAUUAUUUUGGUGGCGGGCGUGAGUGCGGAUGCUGGUCGCUCCGCCUGCAAGGACGAGUCCGAGAUUGGCAAGACCUUUACGCACCACUUCGAUGCCGCCAAGUACUGGCUGUGCGAGACCCUCGGCACUCCGGCCACCGAGGUGGACUGCCCCUCGGGACUGGCCUACAUGCACCUGCUCAAGGAGUGCAUCCCAUGGGCCAGCUACAUCUGGAAGAAGCCCGAGAUGCCACCAACUGUGGCCUGA